GAUUCACCAGGGCAGUAUUUUAAAAAUGCGACAAGGUCAGUGCUGGCUUCAUUCUAUUUAGUACUUUGGGUCCAUUUUGGCGACAAGUAUCAAAAGGCUGUAUACAUUUAGUAUUAAUUACACACAUUUGUCGUGUGGUGACCAUCAUAUCAUAUAUAUUAGGGGUUUAUUACGUGUUGCACUAGAUACGUAUGUCAAACAUGUUCUGAUGAGGCACUUUUAUGUCACCCACGAAUUGUACCUUCUCAGUCUGCAGCCUUGUCUGAUUUUAUCAAUCACAAACGUAUUGCUGAGUCGUGGUCAACUCCCAUUUCAUUGGCUGAAAUAAGGCGCUCGCCUCAUAACCGUAUAUGGACACGUAGUACACGUGUUUGCACCUGCCUAUAUGGGUAUCAACCAUUUUUUUCAUUUCAGUAGUCUUUGAAACUGCUGGAAAUGUAUUAGCGUUACCUUUCUCUAGUCCUGUCCAGGUUUUCGAAGCUGCUUGCGACUAUCUGGAGCUUUUGAGACUAAGAAGUUCAUUUAUGUAUGGUGUUCUUUGAUCCGAAUUAGUAGGCCAUCAGUAAUAAUGAGACUUACGUUUCGUGAGAAUCUUAUUGUCAGGCAUCUUGUUGGAUACCUAACUAAGACCCGUAAAGACUGCAUCAAAAGGUUUUGUUAAUUUUUUUUUACUUUGUUUCAAAAUAGGAAUUUUUAUAUAUGUGUACACUUAUAUAUUCUUGGUUUACUUUUCGAUUAUGACUUUUUCGACUGAAACAAGCGUCCUAGAGCAGAUGGAAGCCAGCCGAACUAGUGAUUAAAUUUAUUGUCGUCCUGAUGCUUAUUAUACACGGCCGUGCAUCUCUAACAACCAGUGUUUAGCAGCUCUAUCGAAAAAGAUUAUAGUUCACCAGUCAGUUUUACGGUUUCUUCACUACCAAUCGAUGCACGAAAGCUAAUCCCAACGAGGUAUUGUCUUCAUAGAUCAGAACUGGCAGGCAUUAUAGGGUUUUUGUUAGAACCUGCUGAUAAAGAGGGUAGAUGUGUUGAGGGAAACCAUGAUUAUCGCGACUAGUCGGCAACAUUAAAGAAGAGCAAAUGUGUUUAACAAUUAUCAGUAAUUAAUGUCAAUAAAAAGUCUGAGGAUUAUGGAUUAGAUCAAAUAAAGUAUAAUUAUAUUUCAAUAGUUCACUGUUGGAAUAAAACAAUUCCAACAGUGGUUUGAACACGGGCAGUAAUUUUGCUCGAAAUAUUACCAAUAACAAAACUUAUCAUUGUGUUUAUUUAUCAGUAAAGUGCUUAAAAGGAUCAGGUUUUUGCGUUGUGUCGUAUUUUGUGUAACAAUCGCUUGAAGUCUGUACACAGUCAUAUUUUCUUCGAAAAAGUAUCAUCAGAAAAAAACCCAUGGUGAAUGGUGCAGUUUUCAAGUAUACAUAAGUGCGGAUGGAUCCGGAGUGGUACUAAGUUAAUUUUUAAGUAGUUCAGCUGAUGGUUAAAAUACUGCCUAAUGAGACUUCGAAAAUCAAAUAGUAUCUGCAGUUAUUGAAAAUUCGGUGUAGUCCAAUGUAUAUUACACAGUAAUGCUCGUGAUUUAUAGAUCUCACUGUUGCGUUCAUUUUGUCUAUUUAUAUGGUCCUUAUUUGGUUAACUAAUCAAUGAUUUAUAGCAGUUAAUUGCUAACAAUAGGGUUGUAGUCAGUGCCAGUUUACUUAUUCUACAUGCCUGCUAUCUUUCUAAAAAUCUGUUUAACUUAUUUCCGGCUUUUUUCCAUUAUUUCAAACAGUUUUCUGAGGCAUGUGAUUAAAAAUGAAUCAAGGAAACGUCAUCUCUUCAAGGUGUACAAGGCGUUCUGCUCGAAUUUCCCGUCUCGCUUGUGACGUUCCAAAAGUGACUGGAUGCAAAACGUCUUUUAAGUCAUCUAAGAAACAAAAUAGGCCGAGUCUAGAUGUACAAACUGACUGUGUUAGUCAACAAGCUCCUUCUCAUCUACAGAAACAGUCACGAAAGUAUAGUAGGCGAUCCAAUUGCAGAACGACAGCGAGAGAGUCAAGUCCUCUUAAGGGUAGGUCGCACAUUGCAGAGGAUGUCAUUUCUGAAAAUAGUGACAGUCCGUUGACAGAUAACCAUUUAGAAGUGAAAAGUAACUUUGGUAGUUCGGAUGAUUUUGAAUCUGAUUUUGUAAGUGAUGAUAAGUUGCCCAAAAAGAAGAAAACAGCUAACUUGCUCUUGUUUUCGGAGUUCAAACCUAAAGCUAGACAGAAAAUAACAACAAAAUCACGGAAUAAAGCUACUGUACCUGAAGAUCCUCAUCGCAACUUAGAAAAUGAUUCAGAUGAUGAAAUCGACUGGGUUGAAGUGAAUGAUGAAGUGACCAACGAGGUAGAGUUCAUGAAUAAAUUGCUAAGUUGCAAUAAAAAUACUGGUUCUAAAGAACUUGAAGAGACAAAUUCUACACCACUAACUAUAGCUGUUCCUCUUGCAAGUGCUUCCAAAAAGCAUUCUAAACAAGAUCCAAAACUUCUUGAAGCACUUGCGUUAAGACGCAAAAUAAAAGAACACUACGCACUGAAGCAUUUGGUUCAUUUACUAUGUUUCCUUGCCCAUAGUCGUGUAGUGAAUCAGACUUGUGACAGCUGUUUAUGUCAGGCGUUAGGUCUUUCACUUUUGGCUAAGACUAAUUCAGUGUACAAUCAAAAGACGAAAAAAUUCAUUCAGUUAUCUUUGUGGUCAGUGGAGCAUUUAGAAGAUUGUGUUGUUACACUUUUUUCUCAUCAGGGACUGCCACUACUUAUUGAAGGAAGCUCACUUGGUAGUUAUGAGUAUCAGCUUGUUCAUCGUCUGUCAGAGUCUAGGGCAACUGAAGGGGAUUGUAUCAUACUUCUUGUUGCAGCUCUUCGUUUACUUGGACUCGAUGUACGGGUAAUUCUUGGUCUGUCUCCACUGCCUUUAUUACCCAAUGAAGCCACUACCAAUAAUCCUACUACUGCAACUAAAGAAGUUAAACCUAUUAAACAAAAGAAGUCCAAUCGCAAAAUCAUCUCUUCGGAUGAAGAUGACAUAUUUGACGAUAUGAAUAGUAACUCACGUACUGAUAACUUGAAGCCUGGUAUUUCUUUAUUUGCUGAAGUAUUUCUACCGAAGCUAGAUCGUUGGGUGUGUAUUGAUCCUUCGUUUCCUACAGGUGUUGUGGAUAAAAUAAAUUUUAAACAUGGCUUUUUGUAUGUUAUUGGUGCUUGCUCUGUAAAGUCAGCAGAUCCCAAUUUGGUAUCUUACGUCGGUAGGAAUCCUGUUGAUUUGUCUCCACGUUAUGUUGAAGAUUGGUGUGUUUCUGCUCGCAGUCAUCGUAUAUCUGCAGAGAAAUGGAAUAGUUUGCUGAAUAUGCAAAGCCGAUUUUUCGACCAUGAUGCUGUUGAACACGAUGCAUUAGUAGUGAGGUCAGAUACAGUCUCCACUGUUCGACGAGAUAGAAUGGAUAAAGAUUCAAUAAACGCUAAACUUUUAUCCCAACCUCUGCCAAAGCGUAUGCAAGACUUUAAAAAUCACCCACUAUAUGUUCUCCAACGUCAUUUACUCAAAUUUCAAGUUAUUUAUCCGACUGAUGCAAUUCCUUUGGGAUUCUUUAACAAUGAACCGGUUUAUUCCCGUGAUUGUGUUCACCUCUGUCAUACUAGAGAGUCAUGGUUAAAAGAAGCGAUGGUAGUUCGUGUUCAUGAAAAGCCAGCAAAAAUUGUUAAAGCUCGAUUAUCAAUGAAACGUAAAUUAUUACAGGGUUCUGAUUCUACACCACCAACGGUUGAAGUUUUUGGUCCAUGGCAAGUUGAACCAUAUGUACCACCGGUAGCUGAAAAUGGUAUUGUUCCACGUAAUGCCCACGGAAAUGUAGAAUUAUUCAAACAAUGUAUGUUGCCAGUAGGCUGUGUACAUUUAUGCUUAUCGGGCAUUCAGCAUGUCGCUAAAAAACUUGGCAUUGAUUGUGCAGAAGCCAUUGUCGGUUGGUCAUUUCAUGCAGGCGGUUGGGCUCAUCCAAAAACGGAAGGUUAUGUUGUUUGUAAAGAAUCUGUGCCAGUUUUAAUUGAUGCAUGGCGUGCAGAGCAAAUGAAUGCAGCCAAAGCAGCGAACGAAGAACGUACAGAACGUGCACUAGAAAAUUGGAAACGUUUAGUUCGUGGAAUUUUCAUAUGGCAUCGAGUUAAAGCGCAAUUCGCCUUGGCUCCCUUGCAUAGUGAACGAGCCACUGUUGAAAAAUUUGAAAAAAGCAAGAAAAACAAGGCUGCAACCAUACGCACUAAUGAUAUCAGUACUAGUUCAUAUAAAAAAGAGGAAUUAACUCAGUCGUCUGAUGAUUUUGAUAUAUCGCAAAAAGCAUAUGCAAGUGAAGGCUGGAUACGUUUAGGUGCUGCUGAUAAAGCACAUUUGUUACCUAAAAUACCGGUAGAUGUUAAAAAGUGCGUUCCUAUACGGCGUAAUCCAACUAGAGCAAAACGCAAAGCGCAUAAGUACGAGGAAUCUUCGAGUGAAGAGUCUGAUGCACAAAUACCGAGUACUAAAAGUGAUGAUUCAGCCAGUGAAUUUGUAGAAGAAGACGAUUUCAGUCAAUAGAGAGAAGUUUAAUUUACACCAUUGGUUGGAAAAAAGAAUAGUCUCUAACAUUAACAAAGUAUAUUUUGUUACUAUUUAUUUUUCUUGUGUCCGUACUACUUCCCACACUUGUAUUAGUCACUGACCAAAUAACAUUGCAUUUAUGUAUACAUUCAAUACAUUAUUUGACCACUUUAUCCCAUAUUUUCUGUGGUUAUCUUAAAAAAUUUGAUUUUCACAUAGAGUCAUUUUUUCAGAUUUUUCCAUUUUUCCUUUCUUAAACUAAAGCUGUUCAUCAAGUGACGUUUUCGUCAAAGCAAGAAGAACAAGAUAUGCAGGAUUAAGUGUGCACCAUCGUCCAAAAUAUACACUAGAAUUAAUAUGAAAUUAGAAUGUACAUGUUUUCAUUCUACUGAGGAAAAGUCAGGGUUGAGAAUAGUAAUUCUUAUUUGACUACUCCUAUGCAUAUUUUAGGCUGUCUGCAGAUGAAGAGAGGCCUCGGAAUAAAACGUGCACAUUUUAUCGGGCAAAUCUUGUCCUUGCUCUUAAGGAAACGGUCAAAGAAACGCAUUUUCCGAGUUGACUAUUUUUUUUCUCUCCAUUAAUUUAACCAUUUUACUAUCAUUUUUAUCUACCUUUCCGUUUAUCACUAACACAGAUAUACUACUAUUCAGUUGCAUUUCAUCCCCCUCCAUCCCCCACUUAUUUUAUAUAUUUUACGGAUUGGUCUUUUUCUGUGUCCAACCUUGCGCCAGUACUACUCAAGUUUAUUUUUAUUAUAUACAUAUAUUAAAGACUUCAUAUUUGACUGAUAACCGAGUGUAUUGUUUUGUCGUAUUACGUUUGAGGUAAAGAUUGAAUAAUUGUAUACACAGGUGAGAUAAUAAAAUACGUGCUAUACGAUUUGAUUUUUAUUACUUCUGUUGUCAUAUAGUGUACCGUUGUGAAUGUGUUAUCUUGUAUGCUUCUUUAACAUUUACGUUUGCCUCGAGUUGAGUGGUGUCCAUGCGGCAGAUAUUUUUUUUCACAUAUACAUCAUUUUACUGCCUCAUUUCUUGAGGUAGCUUUUCUUACUAACAUAAUAUUGUUCAAAUUGAAAAGCGUGUUUUGCACCUUAUAUACCCGAUGCACUCAAAUUACAAGGUUAUAUUUUACUAGUUGUCGAGAUCAAAUGGUACAAACCACGUUAAUGAUAUUAUUUAUUAUACCUGAGGUAAACUCACUUCAUAUUAGAUAAGUUCACUGGACACGAUGGAUAGUAAUACAAUACUAAUAACUGGAUGACGUCUGGAGCACAAUUUAUCGCUCAUAGUCAUAUCAAUUUAUCAUUCACACAACUUCCCGUUUUACUUUAUAUAUUUAAAAAAAAUCCUACUCCAUGUUUAAUAAUGUAAUUAUUCAUAAAUCUGGAGUUGAUGUUGCAUCACUUAUAUUGCAUUUGUUUCUUGUUGAUAUGAUGAACAAAGAUUGGAUGAUUAACCUCUCUCUCUCUCUCUUUCUUCAUCUAGCUAUAUUACAUUUUAUUUUGUAUUUGUGUGUAAAGCAAUGAUCGAGUUUCUCGUAGAUUACUUAGUCUAGUUGGCCUAUCAUUCUAGAUAAAGUAAUGGACUCCAAUCUACUAGUCUGACCUGUGUAUUUGAUAUCAUAGUCCUUAUAUCACAUUACUCUGUCUAGUUUGUUCUGUUGGAUCUUUAAAUCAUCAAAGUGUAUUUCUGAGCGUGUUGGGUAGGUUAAAUGUCACUCAGACUUCAGUCCUAUUAAGGAUCCUGUUCUGAUGCUGCUUUAUGCUACUUAUUGCCUACUUUAUAACUGUCAUCAGCAUUUAUUCUUAUCAUUAUUUGUUCCUUGCAUUCCGAGUGGAACAAAAGAGCUU